AUGGCAGGUCUUGAGCAGGUGACAAUAGAUUCUUCGUCUUAUCCUGGCAUCUCGGUGGUUACAAUUAAUCGCCCUCAUAGGAAGAAUGCCGUCGACCCCUUAACCGCAAAAGCGCUCUACGAGGCUAUCCUUCUCUUUGAGAAUGACACAAAACAAAAAGUGUGCGUCCUAAAAGGUGCUGGCAGUAGCUUUUGCGCCGGAGCCGACCUUCAUGGCGUUGCUCAGGCAGAUAAAAACAUACCCAGCGACAACCUCCAGCCAGUGAGCGGUCGCAACUUGGGGCCCAUGGGUCCCUCCAGACUGAUUAUCAAAAAACCUGUCAUAUGUGCUAUCUCUGGAUACGCGGUUGCAGGAGGCCUAGAACUGAGUCUGCUUGCAGAUAUGCGCGUGGUUGAAGAGGACGCAAUUUUUGGUGUCUUUUGUCGACGAUGGGGUGUGCCUCUCAUUGACGGAGGCACUGUCCGGCUGCAGGCAAUUGUUGGGCUAGGUCGCGCAUUGGAUAUGAUCUUAACUGGUCGGCCAGUAGGCGCCCAAGAGGCACUGGCUAUGGGACUGGCCAGCCGUGUCGUUGCUAAGGGGGAAUCAUUCAAGGAGGCUAUCGAGAUUGCAAAACAGCUCAUCGCCUUCCCCGAGUUGUGUCUCAACACAGACCGACAUUCAUGCUAUUACAGUGCUUACGAGGCAUCCUCGUUUCAGGAUGCUAUAUCCCAGGAGUUCAAUGCUGGAAGCAAGGUGAUUUCGCAGGAAGCUAUCGCAGGUGCGGCCAAGUUCAGUAAAGGCUUAGGACGACAUGGCAACUUCAAGGAUCACAGCAAGCUGUAA